AUGAAAGACACUACGUCUGAUCUGACCGGGGCUUUGCCUACACUGGAGGCAACCCGCAAAACAAUCCCCUCGGGGACGCACUGGGAGGGGGAUUCCCUUGCAAACCCGGCUGCAGCGCCUGGCGGCGGGGGAGGCCGCAGAGCCCGGGCGAGACGGGCGGGGCGGGGCGGGGCUUCCCCGGGGGGGGCGGGGGAAGACUCGAGGGCCGCCCUCCCCCCGCGUCUCCUAGCAACCACGCGGCAACAGAACGCGCGGGCUGGGGCAGCGCCGCCGCCGCCUUCGGAGUGUCGCCCGCGCGCCCGCGGCCUCUGCCCCCCCCUCAGCACCUCUUGCUGCCCGCUGCGUGCUCCCGCCCCUUCCCCACGCUCUCAAGUGCGUCCACCCUCCGUCUGCUCUCUGCCCCCACCUGCAUCCCCGUUACCCCCUCUGUCCCCUCUCACUUCCCCCUCUUCCCCAAGGCGCCGGGCUCCAGGGGACAGCAUGCACCGCAGGAAGAAGGCGCCCCCGCCCCCGCUCCCAAAUACUUAUAGAAUAUUUAAUAUUGAUAUACCAGAAGUAAACAUGAAAAUAGAAAAGAUCAGUGGUGAAUAUAUACCUAAAAAGAAUAAACAGUCUUUCCAGCACUCGUAUUUACCAGAGUGGCGCAAUAAUCCCCAACCACGUUAUGCAAAAUUAAUUAACACCAACGUAAGGUUCUUAAAUGAACCAAUAUACUAUAUGGAAACAGAAGGCACAAUGGCUAAAAAGCAUCAUUGGUGGCCAAGUGGGGAACCAUGUGUAUAUCAUUAUAGUCCACCUUAUGACCGACAGAGCACUCAGAAUGAUUUCCAGAAGCCAACCUGUACAUUGUCUUCUCCAACUAAAUACAGCAGUAAACUACAGCCUUCCUGUGGAAUAGUUCCACUUGCAAUUCCUAGAACAUCAACAAGUCUUCCAAAAAUUUUACAGGAGCGGACCUCCUUUAUUCAUCAGUACAAUGCCAGAAAAUCUCCUAAUGAACCCAUCCGAGGAAAGCGACAUGGAGCUUUCGUGUGGACAGAGAUAAAACCAGUGAGUGGGCCAAUAGUUCCUCAGGGAACAGAAGUAUUCCUGAGUGCUAGAGGGUCAUGCUCACUGGAACAAGCAAAAACAGAGAAAGGAAACUCAGUGGAAAGCCAAAUGACCUCACCCACUCUCUGCCUGCACAAUUCCCAGGAGACAUUAGGCUGUGAAACUCACUUAUCAAAACCAGACGUCAGGGAAGCAGCCAAGGCAUAUCCCAGAAUCCCUGUGCGAGGACAGAAGAGUUCAGACAUUUCUCAGGCAACUGAGGUGGAUGUUAUCCGUCCUGCUGAGGAAGAGUCUUUAUGUCCAGCAAUGAAAGGUCCUCUGGAUAAAUCUCUGGAUAGGUUACCUCCUGCACAUAAAAACAUAUGAAUCACUGAUAUCACCAUCAGUCACUAAAAUGAAGAGAGCCUAGAAUCACUAUGCAAGCUAAUGCAUUUGGUUGGUCUAAUAUCAAUAAUACUAAACACAAGCUAACAAUUCACUGGUGUCAGCAGGAACACAGUACUUCUUUGACAAAACAACAGCUGCACUGUACUUUGAUGUUUGUAGAAAACUAUAUGCCUAUAAGAAUUAUGGGGUGGGUUUGUUUUUUUUUAAGGUGGAAUUGAUUUCCUUGUUAGGCUGAACACAAUCAUCUUGAUCAUAUAUAUUCUGUACUAAGUCUGACUUUCAGUUAAUUAACACUUUUGGGUCUGGAAGUGAUUAUGAUUCUUGAAAAUGUACUUUUUUUUCAGUAAUAGAAACAUCAGUUACAGUGUUUGGUUUUAUUGCUGAUAGCUCUUUUUUUAACAUAUAUAGUUGUGACAUGCAUUAUCUCCUUGGAUGCUGCAGUGUGGAGUAUGAUUUCACACACCAUAUGGUGUCAGCUUGUGAUAAAUGGAAACCAUUGUGCUUCCAUAGGAAACAAUAGCAGUCAAGAGAGACAAUUUGCUGUAGCCCACAGGAAUGCAAAAAUAAUGUGUGUUGCCAUUCUGAACAGCUAACAAGGACAACUUUGAAGUAAACCUUUCUUUCUUUUUGGGAGCAAGGAGGACAGGCAUUUUCUUACAGACUUGUGCUGCUGUUCUUGUUUGAAUGUGUUUCACAUCAAAAAUGCAGAAGAGAUCUGAAUUACUGUAUGCUUUUCCCCAAUACUAGAGAAAAACCAUUAAUCCAGAGACUGAUGAGUACAUUUUUACUGAUUGGACUAUUUCCCUAAUUUUUUAGGGAAAUACAGAAAGUUUAGGCUUCAGUUAUAACCUACAGUUAUUCAUCAAACAGUGAAGCAAGUUAUUACCUGUAGCUCUUAAACAGCUCCUCUUGUAUACUGGAGAGGUUAAUGUAUGCAUUUUACUUCAGUGAGAGCAAUAAAAGUUUGAUUUCCAACUUUCUGCUCUGAGAAGAUGAUAUAACAAUGUUACAUGUUCUGUAUGUUCUCUUCACAAAGAAUAAUAGCAAAAAUCUGGGAAAAUAUUCUUUGGAACUUUUUGAAACAAUAUUUACCAAGGAUUGGGCAGGUCCCAUAUAUUAUAGCUAAAAGUUAAAAUGAACUUCAUAUAUAUAGUGCUGAUUACUUGUUUUUGCUUGAGCUGAGACUUUAGGAACCAAAUUUGGCCUUCAGAUAUGCAUACACAACUUCCACUGAUGUUGGUGGCAGCUGUAUACAAUAUGGAAGGCAGAGUCCGGCUCUUUAAUGUACAUGCUAGCUGUAGUAGUUACAUGUAAUUCAGAACCUACCAUCAUUAAUAUAUUAAUAACAUAUUGACAUUAGUGGACAUAGAUAUUUACCUAUUGGUCGCAACUGUAUCAUAAUAUAAUUAUAAUUUUGUUUGUCAAUUCUAUUCAUUACAUCUUUUGAUUGUCAGUUCACUACAAACGGACAGUUCAUCAUAUAAGCAAAGUGUGGGUGUAGGAAAUUAGUUAGAAAUGAACAAAUGGGAUAAAACUGAAACAUUUUCUAAAAAUGCUAAUACAGAAGCGUCAGUUGCUGGACUGCAGUACAGCCACUCUGGGCUAUACUGCCCGUGGUUUUUAGCUAUAAAGGAAGCAUGCCUAGCAUCGGAAGGAUCACCCCAGUAAAAAACAUAUGUUCAAAUAGAGUGCAGCCAGCAUAGAAACUCCUUAAAUCAUUGCCCUUCUUGUUACUGGCAUAGGGAAUGGGGCUAGAGGGGAAAAAAGCAUGGCCAGAAUACCCCUACACUGCACUACCUUUGCCUGCUAUUUCAACUUCCUCAAGCCACUAGUAGGCAAAGCAGAUUGGAGCCAGCAGGUAGCUGGUUAAACAAUCAUAGCUAUUUUGUGAAGUGCUUUGAGAUCUACUGACAAAAAGCAUUAUGAACAUUGGUAUUUAUUUAAUUAUUAUUUAUUAUUCUGGAGGGAAAAAAUUUGCAUACCUGACACAGAAAGCUCUAACCAAUGCUCAAGGUUCUUCUGGACAGUUUUUCACAUGAAGCAGCAGAAGUCUGGCAUCAUAUUAAAUUAGCUAUUUCCAUAAAACAAAGGAAUUUUCAAAACAAAAACUUUGUUACUUUACAGCUAAAUUUACUAAGAGCCAUUUGAGAGGUCCCAUUAAACACAGCCAUUAAGAAACAAAACACAAACAUUAAAAAUAAUGGAAAAACAUACAAAGAUUACAUAAAUUCUGGCGCUAGCCUAACCUCCAAAUCACACAUGCAUAUGUGAAUAUGCAGAUACACCAUAAAACAGAAAACUUAGUGUCCAGUACACAAACCAACUUAAUUUUGCCACUUCACAAGCCCCUCUACUUAAAAGCUUGAAUACCUUUUUCAUAAAAAAUUGUAAAAUGUCUGGCCAUACAACCACAUACUAUCCAAAACAUCAAGGAUAUUUUAAAACCAAAGUCUAGCUGCAUCUAUUUCUAUCAAUCAAAGUUUCUGUAACCUGCAUCAAGUGCAGUCUGAGUAAAUUAAUUCCAUAUACCCUUAAUUAGGUAAAUAAUCAUUAGAGGCAAAGAUAUUCUUGCAUCAUAUUAUAAAACAGUUUCCAUUAUAUUAAAAUAGGACUGUUCAUGUCAAAACAAACCAUCAAACUUGAUACACAGAACAAAUAGUGUACAUAGAUAUAUUAAAUUAUCCAAAUAUAUAAUACUAAAAUGGUAAAGGAUAUAGUCAAAGGAAAGACCAUCAUUAACUGAAAUAGUUAACAGUUCUACUCAAUUCACACACAACAGUGGAGCUAAAAAUGCAUAAUUUUGUAUCUAUAUAGUUCACUAACACCUGAGUACCUAUAUUUUAUAUUCUUUCUGAUGAAUUCUUCUAUCUGAGAGCUACCUUUUGAAUAUAUUAAACUUGUUCUAUGCCUCUUGUGGAUUUGUUGUCGCCAUCUUGCUCCUUUGACCAUGUACAUUCUGCUGUGCAAUUUGGGACCUCUAUCAUCUGCACACACUUCAUUACCUGUGCAUUGAACACUUAUUGCUUUAACAAAUUUCUUUCCAGUUAAUGAUACUUUUUAUUUGCAUCAAGCAUUAGUGAAAGCAUUUUACUAGCUAUUAUACAUAUGGAAAAGAAUAUUGUUUUGUUUAACUGGAAAUUGUCUUUAAAUUUGUUUUAUAAAUACUUUGCAAAUAUCUCUUCUUUCCAUCAAACUUACCCAUUGCCAUUCAUAUGAUAGAAUAAUGGAUAAACACCAAUUUAAAAGAGCAAUAACUGGGUCCAUGGCAUCAGGACAAUAGGUUGGUCUGAAAAAGAUGGGAACCAUCUAUUUGCUAAAUUACCCACUGCAAUACACCAGAGCUGAUAUAUAGGACAAUUAUACUUAAUGCACUGAACUUGUUCCCAUUUGAGCCAAUAGCAAAACUUCCAUUGACUUCAAAAUGUGCCACAUUGGGCUAUAGGAAGCUAAAUCUUAACUAUCAACACUAGUAUAAAAUGUAGAAAGGGGCUGGGAUGGGUGAGUUCCUCAUACUAGCUCUAUAAGAGUUGGGUUGGCAGGGUGAGCCCAUUCAGCUAAUUAGGCUGCAGAUUGGAGAGUUUUAGGCAGGAGGCAGCUGGUUGGAACAAGGCUCGCUUGCGCAGGAACAGGCGGGACCUAGAAAGUCAGAUAGUAGACCUACAGACUAGGCGGCUGGGAAGGGUAACAG